GCUGCGUCGGCUAUCUCUUCCACUUCCACGGCCAGGGGUCAGCAGUCAAGAGGACUCGUCGUCUACCUCGGAAGCAAAGCAUAAUCCCCACCAGGCCGCCCCCUCCCCACCAAAUUGCUUGCUGCUGGGGGAAAUUCGCCCUUCAAUCCGAGGGACCUGCCAUGGAGUCCCUGUUCAGGAGGACGACGGCGACUGGCGGCGGCUUCGACGCGCUCAAGCGUCUGGGCCACAUCUCCCCUGCCGUGCAGUCCCACCUCAAGCACGUGUACCUCACCCUGUCCUCCGCUCUGGCCUUCUCCGCGCUCGGCGCCUACCUCCACAUCGCCCUCAACGUCGGCGGCACCCUCACCACCGUCGGAUGCCUGGCCGCCAUCGCCUUCCUCAUCUCCCUCCCCGCGUCCCAGCACCAGGAGAGGAACCGCUUCGCCUUGCUCAUGUCCGCCGCGCUCCUGCAAGGGGCCUCCGUCGGCCCGCUCCUCGAUCUGGUCCUUCACUUGGACCUGAGGAUCCUGGUCACGGCCUUCGUCGGGACGGCGAUUGCUUUCGGAUGCUUCUCGGCUGCCGCCAUCAUCGCCAAGCGCAGGGAGUACCUGUACCUGGGCGGCUUGCUCUCCUCCGCCCUCUCCAUUCUUCUCUGGCUGCAGUUUGCUGCUUCCAUCUUUGGCCACUACUACUUCACCUUUGAGUAUUUUGUUGCGUUGCAGCUCUACUUUGGCCUCCUGGUUUUCCUGGGAUACAUGGUGUAUGACACCCAAGAGAUCAUCGAGAGGGCACACCAUGGGGACAUGGACUACAUCAAGCACGCACUCACUCUCUUCACCGACUUUGUUGCCGUUCUUGUUCGGGUCCUUGUCAUCAUGCUGAAAAAUGCCCAGGAGAAAUCCCAAGAGGACAAGAAGAGGAAGAAGCGCUAUUGAAUGAAAAAACAAAGGCACUCUUUUAUUUGUUCCUGAAUUUAUCUACUCUAUCUAGUAGUGAUAGUAAAGACACAAAGCUUGGAUCAGCUUGUCUAGUGUUCCGGCUGGCUACUCGGAUCAGCUUGUCUAGUGUUCUUGCUGUAAGUGAAUGCUUGUUUUGGCUCUUGUGUUGAUUUGAUGGCGACGAUGAAAUUGAUGUAUCGGCCUCUCUGCCAAGUACUUAUUUGCUUAUUGUACCCUUGUUUCAUCCAUGACGAUGAUGAAUCCAUCACCCUUCUCUUUCA